CGGGAAGGGCCGCGGGGUGGAGGGUGGGGAGAGGACCGACGGUGCCCUCAAGUGACGGGAUCGGGGCGGGCGAUGGCGGAGCCGCUGCUGCGACGGACCUUCUCGCGCCUGCGGGGCCGCGACCGCCCGCGCGGGAAGAAGCCGGAGGCCAAGGACGGAGAGCAUCCUCCGCCAAGCCCUGAUUCUCCAGCGGACCCCGAGGCGGCAUUGGCAGAGCCGGUACCGGCAGCAUCCCGCAAGCAGAACUGGGCCCGUUUCUCCUGCGGCAGCCGCGAUGAGAGGCGAACGCCACCUGCCAAAACCUCCCCGGAUCCAGCGGACGCCGGUGAAAUGGAUCCCACCGCCGGCGGCUGCCAGCUCAGCGGCGAGCAGCCUCACGAGGAAGACGUGGAGCCAGCCGAGGAAGCUGAGGUGGUGAACGACUCUGGAGAGCUGGGCAGUCCCGGUAGGAGCCCCGGGCAUGGGGCCUACCUGCAGAGCUUGGAGCGGAGCAGCCGGCACUGGGUGCUGUCAUCGGCCAAGGGGCCGGGGCUGGAUGAGCUGGGCGGUGGAGCCGAAGCAGAUGCCAGCGCUGCCGGCAGCGAGGGUGAGAUCUGGUACAACCCCAUCCCUGAAGAUGAAGACCCUCAACCUCGUCUGGGGAGAGGGAGCCGUGAUGCCGAGAGAGGCCGUGGCGGGGAGUCGGCACCGAAGACGGUCGGGGAAGACCUCCCCUGGGGCAGUUUGGGGACGGCGGAGAGCGCCAGACCCCGCAGUGGCAUGGCUCUAGCGCUGCCCGUGGCUGGCCGAGGAGAGGAGCCGGGAGCUGGCAGGACCCAGGCUUGCGGGAAGGUGCCGAUACCAUGCGUGAGCUUGGGAACGUGGCCCACUGCCCCCUCGCCCCCCGCCAGCCCCAAAAAGGGCCGAUCGCUCAAUAAGGUGAAGUCCCCGGGUACCGUACGUCGCCUCUCCAUGAAGAUGAAGAAGCUGCCGGAGCUACGGAGAAAGCUGAGCCUACGCAGCCCCCGACCCCGGGGCCAAGAGAGUGGCACCUCACCCUCCGAAACCCACAAGGAAUCCAGCAACGUCAUCAGCCGCUACCACCUAGACAGCAGCGUGGCAUCACGGCCAGGGCUGCCACGAGCCAGAGCAGCCGGCAAAGGCGGCUACUUGAGCGACGGCGACUCCCCGGAGCUGCCAGCCAAAGCCGAGGCACGUGCCGAGGCGGAGGACGGAGCAGAUGGGCUGGACGUAGGUGCCUUCCGCCCCUACAGCUGCGGGGAGACGCCACCACGGUGCGGGCAGCACAUUUCGGGGCUGGUGAGUGUCCACCUCCAUGGCGUGCGGGACCUGAAGCCGCCACGGGCCGAAGCCCGGGAGGUUUUUUGCGUCUUGCAGGUGGACGCGGCCAACCGAGCGCGCACAGCACUGCUGCCCUGCAAGACGGCGUUCCUUGGCCUCAACCACACCUUCAUCCUGGAGCUGGAGAGUGCCCGGCACCUCAAGGUGAUCAUCUUCUCCUGGGAUCCUGCCUCUUGCCGUAACCGCCUCUGCUGCCACGGCACCGUGGUCCUGCCACACAUCUUCAGAGGUUGCCGGGCCCAGCAGCUGGCGGUGAGGCUGCAACCUCGCGGUAUCCUCUACUCCAAAUUCACUUUGGUGGAGCAGUGGGACGGUCCCGGUGACCGAGAACCCCGUGUUUUUGGCGUGGAGCUUGGGCAGCUGGUCGAGAGGGAGAAGACGGCCACCAAGGUGCCCCUGCUCAUCCAGAAAUGCGUCGCUGAGAUAGAGAAACGAGGGUUAAAGGUGGUAGGGUUGUACCGGCUCUGCGGCUCAGCCGCUGUCAAGAAAGAGCUUCGUGACGCCUUUGAGAGGGACAGCGCGGCCGUGAUGCUGUCGGAGCAGCUCUACCCAGACAUCAACGUCAUCACGGGAAUCCUCAAGGAUUACUUACGGGAGCUGCCCACGCCACUCAUCACCCCCACGCUCUACCAGGUUGUACUGGAGGCCAUGGCCAAGAGACCGCCCCGGAUCUCCCCAGGAGAGCGGGAUGCUGUCACCCUGCUUGACUGCCUGCCCGACGUUGAGAAGGCCACACUGACACGGCUCCUGGACCACCUCAGCCUGGUGGCCUCUUUCCACAACUUCAACCGCAUGAACUCGCAGAACAUAGCCGUCUGCUUCGGCCCAGUUUUGCUCACCCAGAACCAAGAACCCCAACGUUUUGGCACUGGCACCCGUAGCUACACCCACAGCGAGGACAUUGCCAGCGCCGUCGACUUCAAGAGGCACAUCGAGGUGCUGCAUUACCUGCUGCAGGCCUGGCCGGCCCCCUGCUCAUCCCAGGACCUCCCAUUUUGGGACGAGGCACAGCACAGUUGCCGCCAGCAGCGCCGGGGGCCGCCGCUACGACUGGACCUGCUGGAGAGCGCAGUAGUGGCCCGUCACCGGCCCCGAGGCCCAGAGAGCCCCCCCAGCAACCGUUACGCCGGCGACUGGAGCGUCUGCAACCACCAAUUCCUCCUGGUACCCGGUCCUGCUGGCGAUGCCGACUAUGACGAGGUGGCAGCCGGCGACGGUGACACCGGGGUGACGACGCAGCGCUCCCCGCAUCGGCGGACCCUCUUCGUAGCCGAUUUUGCCCUGGGUGAGGAAUCUGAGGCAUCUUUUGGCCCCUGCCUCAACCUCAAGGACUUUGACGCUCUCAUCCUCGACCUUGAGCGGGAGCUUGCCAAGCAGAUCAACGUGUGCCUGUGAGGCCUACGCCGGGUGAGCCUGCCGAUGCCACCGUCACCGUUUCGGUGAGAGUGACCAAAAGCAAAACAGCACUUGCCUCUUAGUUGCCUUCGAUUUGCACAGUGCCGAGCACAAGGGACCCCAGCCGGGACACGUUGUAGGGGGCAGGAGGCUUCUGCCCCUUCUCUCUCCCCCCAGUGGCCCCUGUUCCAUGUAUCCUCCCGGGGUUUUCGGCAGGGGCACAGGAGGGAUGUGGGUUUGGUGCCUUGUGCUCGGCUUUUGGUUUUGUUUGUUUCAAUGGCCAAAUUUUGCCCUCAAGUGCCUGUUCACCCCCUUUGCCCUCUCUGCUGCCCCCCCUGCCCCCCCAGGCUGUUACAACCCCCAGGAAAAAAGUGACAAGGGUCCAUGACCUCCGUUACUCAGCCUGGGGUUGGGGGACAGGGCCCCCCACCAAACCCUCCUUCCCACUUGUCACCCCAAGGAGGGUGACAAGGCUCCCUCCUGCCACUUCCCCCGAGCCUGGGUCGCAGCGGGGACUCUCCUCUCUAUUUUCUAGCCUCUGCCCCACCACCAAAGGCAGGGGCUGCCGGUACGGGAGCACUACACUUUAUUUAUUACCCGAGCUUUGUGCGCAAGGGUAGGUGUGAGAUGGAUGGCGGCCACCAUCACCACCUCCCAUGCCCCUACACAACCCCUUUCUACCCUGAGAAUCCAUACUGCCAGUGUUACUGGGCUGGGGGGAGGCUCCCCAAAGUAUUCACUCCUCCUCCCCACAAACUGCCUCACUCAGUAUUAGUCUUAAAGGAACCAGCUGACUGUGAAACCAGCAGCCCAGCUGGGCUGAGCCACCAGUGUUAAAGGGCCUGGGCAGGGGGUGGACGUGGGUUCUGGGGGGGACAGUGACAAAGCUGUCCCCUGUUCCUAGCCUGGGUGGCCUGCCCCCCUCCACCGGGCAUCGCUCUGCUUUGCUCAAGGCAUUGCUCUGGCCUUGUCACCAUCACCAGCAAUAAACGACACAAGCUGCACUCGC